AGAUUAGACGUUUGUGGGCAGUCAGUGUGACGAGAACCUUUGAACGGAAUAGUUCGUGUAGUCUACCCAACAUGUCUACCAUAACACGGCUCUUGGUGUUGUUGCUGGCCAUUGGCGGAGCUCUUGUAUACAAGCAGCUGAAUCAGCUGUGGGGAGAUCUGCCCGUGCCCACUUUGGAUGAACAGCAAUGGUGGGGCGACGAGGCGUCUCCCAGUGACUAUGCGACCUAUUUAGCCAACACCUCCGAAGUGAUUAACAAUCGUAUUUUGUACCCAGAGACGACUAUUGAGGAUCUGAGGAAACAACUGAAUCGCACACUACGUCUAACACCUCCUUUGGAGGGUGUGGCCUUUGAAUAUGGCUUCAACUCGGACUAUCUGAAGGAACUGGUCGCCUAUUGGCGUGACGACUACUUGCCGCGUUGGCGUGAACGUGAAGUAUUCCUUUGGCAAUUCAACCACUUCACCACGGAAAUUCAGGGUCUACGCAUGCACUUUCUACACCUGAAGGUCUACGACGAGAACAAGGUGGGCAAGCAGCACUAUCCCGUGUUGUUGCUUCACGGCUGGCCCGGAUCGGUGCGUGAGUUCUACGACCUUAUUCACCUGCUUCAUCAGUCCAAUUUGGAUCCCAGCAACAAGUACAUUUUCAAUGUGGUUGUGCCCAGUUUGCCUGGUUAUGGUUGGUCACAGGGCACUUCUCGUCCUGGUUUGGGACCUGCUCAAGCAGCUGUUAUUCUGCGCAAUCUCAUGUUGCGCUUGGGUUACAAAAAGUUCUUCAUUCAGGGCGGCGAUUGGGGAUCCAUAUUGGGCUCCCACUUGGCCACACUUUACCCCGACAAUGUGCUUGGUUACCACUCGAACUUGUGCAACAAUCUGAGCCCCAAGUCUCAAGUGAAGGGUCUACUCGCCGGAAUAUUGCCAAGUCUUUUUGCGCCCAGCGGCUUUGAGGAUUUCUUUUUCCCCCGAUCGAAGGAACUAAAGUACUUGAUCGAGGAGAGCGGCUACUUCCAUCUGCAGGCCACCAAGCCAGACACCAUUGGCUCCGCUUUAAGCGAUAAUCCUGUGGGUCUCGCUGCCUACAUUCUCGAAAAGUUCUCCACUUGGACAAAUGCCACAUAUCGCUCUCUUCCCGACGGUGGUCUUACCAAGCGCUACACUCUGGAUGCCCUGUUCGACAAUGUCAUGAUUUACUAUCUGACCAACUCGAUCACCACAUCGCAGCGUCUCUAUGCUGAGGCGUACACCAAUGAUCAGCGUGAACUGAACCUGGAACGUGUGCCGACGUCUGUUCCCACUGGCUGUGCUCGUUUUAAGGGCGACAUCAUGCAGUUCUUGGAUUGGCAGUUGCAAGACAAGUUUAAGAACCUAAUCCAUAGCACCUACUACAGAAGAGGUGGUCACUUUGCCGCCCUUGAGGUGCCCAAGGUGCUAUACAAGGAUUUCAUAGACUUUGUUAAGAAAGUUGAACGCAAGUUUAACAUUAAAACUUUGUAAGUUAAUUGCGAAUAAAAUUUUAUAUUUGAAAAUUUAA